AUGCUGCGGCCUUCAGGCCCCAAGAUCGAGCGGGAUGAGCCCUUCAAGGUCGUGGGAGCGCUGAUGGAAUGGAGGAUGGCGGCGAGUAAGCUUCUCGUCAACAGCCCAACAAUAACUUGGAGGGUAGGCUCUCCGGUCUACCCAGCGGGUGGUCCAUUUCAUGCGUCUCAUGCACCCCAGAGUCCCACUAAGAGCCUCAUGACAACCAAGGUCCUCCCAUUGACAGAUCCAAGGCCGACAAUUGGGGCUGGUUUGAAUCUUCUGACCUUCGGUUCUCUCUGUUACAACCCUAAGCCCAUCCACAGGACCGCAUCUCUGAGCCCAGCUACAAUGAACGAGCUUCCAAGAGCCUACGCAGGCUACCCGCCCGAAGACGAAGCCAGCAGCAGCCCGGCCUCUGGUCAACCUCAACCAAAGCUUCCCGACCCUUUUAGCAGCAGAAGCGGAACGAUAAGUCCUGGCCAAGCCGGCAUAUUGUCAGGCCUGGUCGUGACCUCGGCUUAUAGUCCAGGAAUCUCGACUUCGAGAGACGGCGCGUACCCUCCCCAACUUGGAGACGUACCGGCUCCCAUUUCCAGCUGGAACUAUGCCGGUUCGAUGCCGUCCGUCCGCGAACUCAUCCGCGAAGUCGACGCGGUCUUCGGGCCGCCCUGGGAUCGGCCUGAACUGGAGCGACCGGCCCAUCCGCGCGCAGCGCCCGGGUACGCACACGGCGAAUAUGUCCUCAGACUCCUGCGGGAACAGAGACGCGAUUACCCGGGCGUAUUUGAGAGGGGCCCCGGCAACAGUCUGGUCUACGUGGAGAGGGCGGCCGACGGGCAGGUGGUCACGUACUACAGCAUCGGGCGGCCGGCGGUCGAGUGGCACGGGGUCCCGCCCGCGACCGACUUUGAACAGGCAAACGAGCAGCACGUGGAGGAAGUGCCGGUCGAGGACGAGCUGGCCGGGUUUCUCAGCGAGGUCCAGCCGGAAUUCCUGUUGGCGGAGAGUUGGCAACACCCCAACCCGCAGCCCGAGUCGCCAGAACUGCACUAG